AGUCUCUCUCCCAUUUCUACCCAGCUCAGCUGAGAAGACUGUGCGUUUCGGAGCCGAAGCAGAGUUCGGGUCUGUUUCAUGCAGAAAACGACCCGGUAGCCACAUGCGAAGCGCCGUCUACACGAGGGAUACCCGGCACUUCAUAGUUACAUAACCGGACUACUUUUUUUUUUUUUGCCUUUUUAUUGGAGUUUUUUCACGCUUUUUCUCCUCCAAGUUGCAUUGACUUGCUUUUCUAAAAAUUCUACAAAAAUGGAGAACGACGAUAAAUAUCUCCCUGAGCUUCUGGCAGAGAAGGACAGUUUGGACUCUUCGUUCACGCAUGCCAUGAAACUUUUAAACGCAGAAAUCGAUAGAGUCCAGAAAGGCGACACUAAAAAGGAGACAGAAACCUACCUGGACCUUUUCACAACAAAGAACAUCAAACUCAAGGAGCGAGUGCUCAUACCUGUCAAACAGUACCCAAAGUUUAAUUUCGUGGGGAAGAUUUUGGGACCUCAGGGCAACACGAUCAAACGUCUGCAGGAGGAGACUGGAGCCAAGAUCUCAGUGCUGGGCAAAGGAUCCAUGAGGGACAAAGCCAAGGAGGAGGAACUGAGGAAAAGCGGCGAGCCCAAGUACGCCCACUUAUCCAUGGAGCUGCACGUGUUCAUCGAGGUGUUCGCCCCCGUGCCAGACGCUUACCUGCGCAUGGCACACGCCAUGGAGGAGGUCAAGAAGUUUCUGUUUCCCGAUUUGAUGGAUGAUAUCUGCCAGGAGCAGUUCAUGGAGAUGAGCUACCUGAACGGAGGCCAGGAGCACGGCGGCAGAGGUCGAGGGGGCAUGCCUGUUAGGGGCCGUGGCGUCCCCCCAGCAGGAGCACACAGGGGAAGAGGAAUGCCUCCUCACGGCGCCGUGGGGAGAGGCGUGACUCGAGGCGGCCCGGCUAGAGGCGGAGCAGUCAGAGGGGCCCCUACAGGCAGAGGAGGACCCCCUGCAGCACCCACCAGGGGAGCAGUGGCGCCCCGUGCUAGAGCCCCAGCUGGAGGACCACCCCAGAGGAUGGCACCGCCCCCCGCUCACCAGCACACCUCCACUGCAGCUGCUGAGGGUUAUGAUGAAUAUGGCUACAAUGAGAGCUACACAGACACAUCCUACGAGUCGUAUAACAGCUAUUACAGUCAGCCUCAGGCAGAACCAGAAUAUUACGACUAUGGACACGGAGAGAGCACAGAGUCAUACGAGACAUACGGCCAAGAUGACUGGAACGGCACCCAGCGGACGACCCCAGGAAAGGCCCCUCCCCCCUCCAGAGGCGGCAAGACGACUUACCGGGAGCACCCGUACCGACAGUACUGAAGCGGACACUCCUUAGUGUUGCCCCGAUAACCACCUGUCUACCACGGCAGCUCUCGCUUUAAGAAGCUUGACAAAAGUAAAUGUUUUGUCUUUUUAAUUUUUAUUUUAUUAUUUUUUGUUGUUGUUUUUUUCUUACACGGACUUUAUACAAAAGAACAAAUUGGGGACUGAAAAUUUGAACUUUCAGUUUGGUUUUUAUCUGACCACAAACCUCUCACAUACACACCCCCACCCCUCCUCGUUUGUCACUCCUCCUGUCCAACCAGUCAGACGGGUUUUUGGACGGGUCAGAGAGAAGGUGGUGUCUUUUUUUUUUAUCUUUCUCUCUCUCUUCUUUUUUGACUUAGUUUGUUUUGCUGUAUUCUUUUCCAUCUGCACUUUUUUCUCCCUCCUCCCACACUGGCUUUUUAAAAAAAUUUGUUUUGGCAUUAUUGAUCGUUCACAUAUUUUACUGUUCGGGACUCGGCAUUUCUAGUGGAAUAGUGGCUCGAGAACUACUUGUUUGAGGAAUCCAUUUUAAUUGUUUUAAUACAAAGAACCUGUCGAGGGUCAGUUGCAGAUUCCCAUUUAGGCUACAUUUCAAAAUUCUGUUAAUAUAACCAAAUAAAAUACCUUUUUAAACUUUCAUUCAUGUAAUAUAUAAAACCAAAAAACCAAACAAAUCUUAAAUUACAAUAAGACUAAAUUAAUCUUAAUGGAAUCGGUGCAAUUCGUUCUUGAUAAUGCUUUUGUUUUUAAAUAGAUCUAAAACAUUACUCAUUUAGCCUUAGGCAGCAAUAUUUGUCACUGUACUUAGAGUUUUGAAAUAUAGCCCUAAUAGACACUGUCGAGAUGGACUGUCCUCAUAUCCUUAAUUUGUUUUUUACUUGUAUUAAAGAAACAUUAAUUUUAAGACUGAAAACAAAAUAAUUGUUUAAUGAGAAUCUGGUUGAAACAUGUUAAUUUAAAACCAGUUCAGGUCUUCAUUUUUGUGAUCUGGUUCUACACAAACUGCAUGCACAAAGAAGGAUUGGGACAAAAAUCUCCACAUGGGUCUUCUCUUACUGUAGAGAAGGGAUCCUGCAGCUCAAUCCAAACUCUUGUACAUAUUUUAAAACAUCCUAACUGUACCUCUUCUGCCACUAGUAUCUGUACCCUCUCCAUAAAAUGCAUUAUGCUACAUGUGUAAGCUUGCCUAAAUAGGUUACUAAAUCUGUCCAAAAGAUGUUUUGCAGCAGUUUGUCAAUAAAGCUUAGUUUGUUUUUAUGAAACUUAACUUGCCUUAUUUGUUUCCUGUCCUAGUAAAAUUCUGAAAUGGCCUUUUUUUAAACAACCUUCAGUAAUCAGACGUAGGUGUUUUCUUUUGUUUCUCUUUCAAAACCGGUUUUUAAAUAUUAAAUGAAUGUAUUGACGUCUGACGACUUUAACCGUACCAAAUGAUGUCUUGAUUUAUCAAAAGAGCACAACUUAUUCUUUUUCUCUCUUUCUAUACUUUUUAAAAAGGACCCAGAGGUAAGACCUCUAAAAUAACCUGGAUAGCUUCCUAAUGUGUAUAAAGUUGUAAAGCAUUGAAUGCCUGGGUAUGUAUAAGACUUUUUCAAUCCUCUUACCUGUGGUCGUAAUCGUCAAUGAGAAUUGCUUUCAUAGCAUUUGAAAAUUAACUGAAUUCAAACCACCAUUCAGGUCUAGGCCACGUUGUCAUGAAUGAUGCUGGCGCGAUGGCUACUUUAGUACAGAGUAAUGGCAGUGCAAUGGAGAGGAUGGUUAUAACCUAGAGAGCUCCACUGUAAAGGCACCACCAUCGGUCACUGAAGACCCUGGAGACUGACGGUCUGCUGGAGGCUGUGGGAUCCUCAGGUUGGUUCUCUGAUUGAAUCGGGAGCAGCUUGGCAUGAAGGCGGUCAGACGAAGCUCUCGGGAGCGUCCCAGUGGAGGGGGAAAAGAAAAAAGAAAAGGAAGGAAAAUAUGAAUGGUGGUUCAAGGCCCAGUUCUGGUGUCUUGGAAGCUGGGGGAAGGGGUGCGCAGGGGUAGGUGGGCAUGGCACCUAAAGAUGAUGACUGAUGAAGAACUGGCUCAGACUCCAACCUAAGGCUGCAGCUGCUCAGCUGGGAAUCAGAAUACCAACAGACCAAUGAAGUACUCUCACCUCGUGGACUAUUUUACAUGUCUUUGUUGAAUUACCAGGUAUAAUUUGUGUAAAUACUUUCUUGGUAUUAAAGAUACCAACUGAUUGAA